CUCUUCCUCGGCCUCGACUUCGGCACGUCCGGCGCGCGCGCCACCGUCGUCGACGCGUCCGGCGACGUCGUCGUCGAGACCACCGCGAAGUACCCCCCCAUCGUCGACGGCGGCAAAGGCGGCGACGGCGUCCCGGAGGGCGGCUGGGCGAACGCGUGGGAGACCGCGCUGUGGUCGAUCCUCGACGGACUCCCGAAAGCCGUCGCGGACGCCGUCGUCGCCGUCGCCGUCGACGGCACCUCCGGGACGGUCCUCAUCGUGGACGCGGACACCGGCGAAUCGCUGUACCCGCCGAUGCUGUACAACGAGAAGCGCGACGACGCCGUGGAGGCGAUAAAGAAGAUCGCGCCGGAGGGGCACACGACGCGAAGCGCGUCCAGCGCGCUCGCGAAGCUGCACAGCUGGCACGCGCGAUCCGUCGCCGAAAACGUCGACGUCGCCAACGCGCGGCUGUUGCACCACGCGGAUUGGAUCGCGUUUUUACUCCACGGCGAGAUGGGCGUGACGGACCACAAUAACGCGCUGAAGCUCGGGUUCGACCCGGGGUUAGACCCGGGGCCCACCGAGGGUGUUUGCGCGUACGGAGCGCCGUGCGACGGCGCGUACCCGGACUGGUUGCUCGCGACGCCGUACGCGUACGCGUUGCCGAGGACGGUCCUUCCUCCCGGGACGACGUGCGGCGCGGUGAGCUCGACGGAGGGCAAGAAGCGAUUAGGUCACCCCGGCGGCGUGAAGGUGGUCGCCGGGACGACGGACUCCAUCGCCGCGUUCGUCGCCGCGCGGUGCGUCGACGUCGGCGACGCGGUGACGAGUUUGGGGAGCUCCCUCGCGAUGAAGGCGCGUUCUCCUUACACUGGUCCCCAUACGACCGCCGAGACGCGCGUGGACGACGACACGAAAGGGAUUUACUCGCACCGACUCUGCGGGUGCUGGCUCGUCGGCGGGAGCAGUAACCUAGGCGGGUGGCUGCUGCGGUCGAACUUCACGAACGACGAGGUCGCGGCGCUCACGGAGGCGAUGGAGGCGACGACGACGACGGCGAACGAAAUCCCGGAGUACUUCCCGGGCGUCCUUCUCGGGUUUGGGCUCACCGUGGAAGAGGCGACCGCGGCGCUGACGCCGCGGCCGGACGACGAUAUCGACUUCCUGCGCGCGAUCUUGACCUCGAUCGCGAACGUCGAGGCGCGGUCGUACGCGGAGCUGUACAAGCUCGGGGCGUCGCACGAGGUGAGGCGGGUGUUCACCGCCGGGGGCGGCGCGAAGAAUGAAAAGUGGUCGACGAUUCGAUCCGACGCGCUCGGGGGGGUGCCGGUCACCGCGUCGCCGUACGCGGAGGCGGCGUACGGCAGCGCGCUGCUCGCGCGGAUGGGA